GUCAUAUUCACCACACAUUUCUACCUGGAAUAAAUUCCAUUUUUUCCUCCCCAACAAAUAAAUUAUAAAAAAAAAUACAGAAAAUAUACAGCGUAGAGAGAGAGAGACAUAGAUAAUAAACUGGUAGGAGAGAUUAAAUACCUCCUCCUUCCUCCUCUCCUCCUCUUCCUCCUUCCUCUUUCUACACAAUCACCACCACUGCCAUCGCCAUCGCCAUCGCCACCGUCGCCGCCUUCGUCAACCAUCGUCAGCCUCGGAUCCUCCAGCUCAACCAACCCCAAAAGCCGGUUCCUGUUUGUCCGUAUCAAUAAAAUCCCAUUCCCAAAUUCCCAAUUAUUCGGGUUUCUGAAUCUGAGAGAUCGGACCCAAAGGCAAAUCGCACCGCAAAGACCUUACCUUUUCGUUUAAUUUCGUAAAGGGUAGCUGGCUAUGGACGGUGAUUCCUGGAGCGCUCGUCUUUCUUCUGCCUCUCGGCGUUAUCAAUCCGCCCUUCGAUCUCGAUCUGACAUGCUCAUGGGGUUUGAAGAAAUUGAUGGGGAUGAUGAUAUAAGGGAGGAAUUUCCAUGCCCGUUCUGCUCCGAAUACUUUGACAUUGUAGGAUUGUGCUGCCACAUUGAUGAAGAGCACCCGGUGGAGGCGAAGAAUGGGGUAUGUCCGGUUUGUGCAAUGAGGGUGGGGGUUGAUAUGGUUGCGCACAUUACCCUACAACAUGGAAGUAUAUUCAAGAUGCAACGCAAGAGGAAGACAAGGAAAAGUGGAGCUCAUUCAACUCUAUCUUUGUUGAGGAAAGAGCUGCGGGAAGGAAAUUUGCACUCUCUUUUUGGGGGCUCUUCCUGUUUACUUUCCUCAUCCAAUGCAGCGCCUGAUCCAUUGUUGUCGCAAUUUAUUUUGCCUAUGGCGGAUGAUUUUGUUAGUAUGCCACCCUUCUCAACUGAAGCAAGCUCAGCCAAGAAAAGUUCAGAUGAGAGAGUAUCAGAACGCAUGCUUCGUAGGUCUGACACGCGUUUGUUUGGUCACAGAAACGUGCAGUCACCGCCUUUGUCCAUCAAGGAUAAGGAAGAGAAGACGAAAAGAUGCGCGUUUGUUCAGGGGAUGUUGUUGUCCACCAUUCUUGACGACGGUUUAUGAAUUUCCCAAUGGCGCCGCUGCCGGAGUGAAAGUUUUCACAACCAAGAGCGAGCCCCUUUGCAGUCUGUGGUUGGUUUGUAGCUAAGAGUAUUCCCAAUGGUUAUUGAGCACUAGGAGUGUGUGGAAUAAGUUGUUGCAGGAAUUUGAGUGUAAUUAUUUGGCAUGUGAACUUUAGUUUAUAGGCCUCAACAAAACUCUCGUCAUCAUCUGUUAUUUUCAGGUCGAUAUUUAGCUCUUUUUAAAAGAAAAGAAAAAGAAAAAAGAAAAUAAUUUCUUUUCAUUCAA